UUGGCCGUAAACGGAAUCAGCGUUAUCGAUCAAGCAUCCACGGUCAGUGCCAUAAAAGCUUCCGGCUCUUCUCUUCUUCUACAGAUAUACAGGAUUCGAAACAGAUAA